AUGGAGUUAUUGAAAGUCUUGGAGAAAAACAAUGAACCACGACAACUCACUGACGAUGAAUCGACACUCCAUAUCGACGAUCGUGAAGAAAUAUCAGAUAGUGAAGUUGAAAAUAUUGACAAGGAAUAUUCAACGAACAAUGAAGAAAAUGAUCCUCUUCCAACACAACCUAGUAAUAAACGACGUAAUCCACUUUCAAACAAAUCUAUAAAUACAAUUAAUGAAAAUUCACCUUCUGCAGAACGUCGUAGAAGUGACGAGGAUAAUGAAAGUUAUCGUAGAGGUCGUAUUUUAGUAUUACAAGAAGAAAAUAAACAAUUAAAACGUAAAAUGGUUGAAAUAGAAAAAACAUGGAUGCCUCGUCCUGAACCUGGUACUAUCAAAUAUUUUUCAACAAUUGUAUCGAUAUGUUCGGGAGAAGAUGUUGGUUUUGAAGAAAAAGAACUUCAAACAUGUUAUGAUAUAAAUAGUAUUCGAAAUACAUGUCGAAAAGUUCUUGGUAUUGUUUGCAAAGCAGAACUAGAAGAUCCAACAGUUCUAUAUGGAACAAUUUUAAAUGGAAACCAAUAUCAAAAGAGACUUGCAGCCAUUCGUGAUUAUGGUAAAUUAAUGUGCCCUGCUGAAAGUAUAAAAUUUACUGAUGGUGACUUAAACAACGCCAUGGGUAGCGGUUUCUAUAAACGAGAUCAUGAUUUAAAAUUGCAAAAUGCUGAAUCAAAUAAUACAAUUAAUAAUGAUGAAAAUACUGAUGAAGAUGAUGAAUAA